GUCUGCACGAGCAGCGCGCUGUUGCGCAAACCUUUUCGACACUGUAAUUCGGUCCUAUUGUACCUAAAGAAGGCUACGUCCUCCUAAGAGAACUUCCUCGCCCUUACCGGUAGCAUCUCCUCUGACGGAGCUUCGGCGUGGACAUGUGCCAGGGCGAACACAAAUCCUGGCGAAUACGCACCUCCAGCGUAUCAUGGCGAGCUUCUCUAACCAAGAGCAGGCAAUGAUGCUGUUGCAAUUUCCGAUGAAUAUGACAGCAGCAAUGAUUUAAAGAGUUCUAGCCCCCGGUACACGUCUCAUCUUCUCACCGUCCUUUAGAUUCCCCAUUCCUCGCGCGAUCUCAACUGUCUCUUACUAUGCGACUGUUCUUCUCCUCUCUGCUUUGCCUGACAGCCUUAGCCCGAGGUUCUCCUAUUGUCCCAGUGAAGGCCGUGAAAUCAUGUCAAGAUUACACUGUUCCUCUUACUGUGACCACUCUGAACCUUAAGUGGGCCCUCGAUACGCUCGAAACCAACGAGGAUGCGGCGGCAUACAGCAUUCAAGGAGCACGUCGCGAUGCCGUGACCGUUUUCCAGCCAGUCAAUCCUCCCACUGCACCCGAGACAGCUGUCUACACGGUAGCCGGCACCUUCUGUCAGCCAGCCAGUGGAGGAAAUGGAACGGUCCUGCUAGCCACACAUGGCGGAGGAUACGACAGAUACUACUGGGAUCCCUCCAUCCAACCGGAGAAUUACAGCUUCGUGGACUAUGCCGUCGCGCGAGGCUAUUCGAUCUUCUACUAUGACAGAGUAGGUCUCGGCCUAUCCCAGAGCCUCUCUGGAUAUGUCGCGCAGACUUCAAUCCACACGGCCGUUGUCAGGGAACUUGUCAAGGUGAUCCGCUCCGGCAAAUUCGGGCAUCCUCCCGCCAAGGUCGCCCUGGUGGGCCAUAGUCUUGGAAGCGCGUACUCGAAUGGUGUUCUAAACACCGAUCCGGCUCUGGUCGAUGCAGCGGUCCUCACCGGCAUUGCUUACAACGUCCUUCCUCCCCCAGGAGGCGACACAACGCGACUCGCGAAGCUAGAAGAUCCCUUUAGAUUCGGAAGCUUCGACGGUGGCUGGACAACCUGGUCCGACGUCUACUCAAAUAUCCAGAGCUUCUUCAAACCUCCCUUCUACGAUCGAAAGGUGGUGCAAUGGACCGAGGACAACAAACAGCCCACUGGCCUAUUGGAAGGAAUCAGUAUUGGAGCGGCCAACUUCUCGUCUCCUGGCUUCACCGGCCCUGUCAUGGUUCUGAGCGGUGAGUACGACCUGAUUGCCUGCGGAGGAUACUGUCCGGGGUUCCUGGAAACAGGCCCGAGUCAAGUCUUCCCGGCGGCAAAGCCUCUUGUCACCUAUAUACAGCCGAAGAGUGGCCACGCUGUGAAUUUUGCUUUGAAUGCCACUGGGUCGUUCGAGGUCAUCACAAAGUUUCUGAAACAAAACGGCAUUUAGCCGUGGCCUUUCCUUGACGAGGCCUAUGCAUCUACACGCCAUACUAGAGCGACACCGCUGAAAAGGACGACUACUUAAUUUGGAACCAUGAAAAGCGAAGAACAUGACAUUUCAAUUCGAUACCUCGGCGGCCUUGGCUGAACGGGGACAGUUAAUUAUCA